CUUUUGGUUUUGUAUCAGUUCUGCAAAAAGUGCUUGGCUUUAGCAACUGAGCCCAACUCUUUUCUCUUUCCUUCCCUCAUUGACCUCAGAGGCGGAUUGCCAUGCUGAGUUUCCACUGUUCCCAGAUUGCACUGCUACUCCUGUCGCUGAGAGGUGCCAAAAACACUUCCAGUCAGAGAGACUGUGGCUGGCCCCAAAUGUUCUCCCCUCGGAUCAUAGGGGGGAAGAAGGCUGAUGAAGGGGAAUGGCCGUGGCAAGCCAGCAUACGAAAGAACAGGAUUCACAUGUGUGGUGGAAGCCUGAUUUCAUCCCAGUGGGUGGUGACGGCUGCUCACUGCUUUGAAGGACGACUGAAUCUACCUGAGUUCCGUGUAAACUUGGGAGAAUAUGAGCUUCCCAAACCUGCGCCCACCAUGGUCUCGUCUGCCGUCAGCCAGAUCAUAGUACACCCCUCUUAUGCCGGAGAAGGACUUAGUGCCGACAUUGCCCUGAUGCAGCUGAAGGAGGCAGUCAAUUUCUCCCGAACCAUCUUGCCUGUCUGCCUUCCAAGUACAUCUGACCCGGACACUUUCCCUGUAGGGAUGGUGUGUUGGGUUACUGGCUGGGGCCUCAUCUCUGCAGAUGGCUACUUCAUUGCUCGGUCCUUGCAGGAGCUGGAAGUGCCAAUCCUGGGCGUUGAGGAAUGUGACCAAAUGUUUCAUGAGGACUCCAAUGGCACGGAGACGGUCCCUCAGGGCCACCGGUUGAUCUACAAAGACAUGAUCUGUGCUGGGUACCCAGAUGGAAAGAAGGACACUUGCCAAGGUGACUCUGGGGGGCCCUUGGUCUGCAAGCAGAAUGGCAUUUGGUUCCUGGCUGGAGUGGUGAGUUUUGGGUUGGACUGUGCAAAGCCCAAGCGACCUGGAAUCCACACACGGGUGACCUCUUACCUGGAUUGGAUUCAACACACCAUGUCAGAGAAAGCAGCCCACGGUGGUAGUGCCCAUCUCUUGAGUGCCAGUUCUGUCACCCUCUUGCUUUAUGUCUUCUCCUGGGCUUGACCAACAGCCUUUGGUGACCCAUGUUGCCUCCACCCACUGGGUUUCAGAAUAGCCACCUUGUGUCAACAUGCAGGUUGGCUCGACCAGCUUAGAAUGAACCAAACCUGGUCUUUGUAGGUUGAGCUUGAGUAGGGGACAUUAAGUACAUAAGAAGAGUCCUGCUGGAUCAGACCAAAGGGCCAUCUAGUCCAGCACCCUGUUCUCAUAGUGGCCAACCAGAUGCCUAUAGGAAACCAGGAAGUAGGACAUGAAUGCAACAGCAAUUCUCCCCACGUAUGAUUCCCAGCAACUGGUAUUUAGAGGCAUACUAUGUCUGAAUAUCUUAAAUAGCUUUUAAAAAACAUUUUAAUGAGCUUUUCCACCAUCUGAAAGAUUGGCACAUUGCCAUCUUUAUCCCCGUUUUUUUCAGGUGAAGAGCAACAAAGUUGAACUGAAAGAGAAAUGCAUGGCAACAGAAACAAAAACAAGGAACUUGAGCUGAUUUUUUUUUAAAGAAAUAAACAGAACAAGUGGAUCCUGUUCAGUAGCAGUUGGUGGGUGGUGCAGGAAGGGGAAAAAUUCAGCAAUAUGUAAUAAAGUGUCAUUUUUACUUGGGAUGAAAAUAUCCACACAACUUUGGCAUUGAUCUAUCAAGCUGCAAAUUCGUAGGACAGUGUAACGAAACCACUUGUUGGGAACUAGUAUUAAAUGUGUCACAGGUUGGAAGGAGUUAAUGGAAUGCCUAGGAGUAUGAGUGAUGCAAGACUGCCAGGUGGGAGGGGGUGUGUGAGUGAGAGUUCUAAGAGAGGUUUGAAUGAAAGACGGUUGGUUUGGAGAGUGAGGAGUUCUUGU